UCGCCGAAGUUCUUCCCUUUUAAUUUCAAAACAAAAGGGUUUAACCAGUCGGGGUUUAGUACUUUAGUCUGCAAUUCGCCAACUUCCGACGAAAUAACUAUGAGAUCUUCACUUACUUCUUCACCAAUCCCUCCAUUUAUUCUUCGCUCUUUCAAGUACCCUAGGCCUCUAUGCUCUCAACCAGAAUGUCCCAACAAACCGAUUUCAUCUGAAUCUCCAUUUUCCGGGAAUCCUGAAUCAAACUUGGAUUCUCCCGAGAAAAUCACCCCAGACACCCUUUCGCUCCAAAACCCAACUUUCUCAGAAUCCAAACAGCCUCAUUAUGCCUCACCCACUUUAGAGACCACAGAUUUAACACCAACCGAUGUGAUUAACACUCUUAUAAGCUACAAAAACGACCCAAUUUCAGCUUUGGAAUAUUUCAGUCGGGUGGGACGUUUUGUCAAAAGCCUCGAUUCAUUCUGUGUUUUGCUUCACAUUCUGAUGAAAAGCCCAGAGACUGGGCACGCUCGUAAAUCGCUCAAUCAUUUCGUUUCGGGCUUUUCCGGACCACCAUCGAUCGCUCUGCUUGACCACUUGAUCGAUUCUGCGGAAAGGUUCGAUUUUGAUUUAGAUUCGAGGCUUUUCAAUUACUUGUUGCGUAGUUAUGUUGAAGCUGAUAAAAUAAAUGACGCUUUAGAGAGUUGUCGCGAAAUGAUAGAGCGUAAUAUAAUUCCUCGGGUUAGAUCGGUGAACAUAGUUUUGAAUGAAUUGGUUAAAAGAAAUUUGAUUGAUGAAGCGAAAGAAUUGUACAAUAAGAUGGUUUUGAGAGGUGUGAUCGGUGAUCGAGCAACAGUUAGCAUAUUGAUGUGCGCUUGUUUAAGAGAAGAGAAGCCUGAGCAAGCUGAGAAGUACUUUAGAGAAGCGAAGGCUAGAGGUAUAGAACUUGAUGCAACGGCAUAUAGUAUCGUUAUUAAGGCUUUAUGUAAGAAGCUUGAUUUGAAAAUGGCAUGUGAGUUGUUGAAGGAGAUGAGAGAUAUGGAUUUGGUUCCUUCGGAGGGUACAUAUGCAGGUAUAAUAGGUGCUUGUGUGAAGCAGGGAAAUAUGAUGGAAGCAUUAAGGCUUAAGGAUGACAUGGUGAGUUGUGGCUGGCCGAUGAAUUUGGUUGUUUUAACAAGUCUGAUCAAGGGAUAUUGCAAGAAAGGCGAUUUGAGUAGUGCUUUGAAUUUGUUUGACAAGAUGAUGCAAGAUGGCCCUCGUCCGAAUAACUUUACAUUUUCGGUUUUGAUUGAUGGGUGUUGUAAGAAUAGGAAUGUGGAAAAGGCUUACGAGCUUUACACCCAGAUGAAACCUAUGGGUAUUAGGCCUAGUGUAUUUAAUGUAAAUUCAUUGUUACGGGCAUUUUUAGAAGCUCGAUCUCUGGAAGAGGCAUCUAAGCUGUUUGAUGAGGCAAUUGCUUGUGGUAUUGCAAAUGUUUUUACAUACAAUAAUUUCUUGUCGUGGCUCUCUAAAGAGGGUAAGGUAAGUGAAGCUUGCUGUUUGUGGAAAAAGAUGGUGUCUAACGGUGUAGUACCCAAUGUGGUUUCUUACAACAACAUGAUCCUUGCACACUGCAGAGUGGAAAAUAUGGAUACGGCAUAUAGUAUAUAUUCGGAGAUGCUUGAAAUGGGUUUAAAACCAAAUGUUAUCACGUAUUCUAUUCUGAUGGAUGGAUACUUUAAAAAUGGUGAUGCUGAACAUGCCCUUGGUAUGUUUGACAAAAUGGUGGCUAAGAAAAUUUCUCCAACAGACUACACAAUCAACACAAUUAUCAAUGGUUUGUGCAGAGUUGGUCGCUCAUCCGAGGCCAGAGACAAAUUGUGGAGUUUUGUUGAGGAGGGCUUUGUCCCUAUGCGUUUGACUUACAACAGCAUCAUAGAUGGGUUUGUCAAGGAGGGUGAUGUCAAUUCUGCUCAGGCAGUUUACAGUGAGAUGUGUGACAAUGGACUUUCCCCUAAUGUUGUUACUUACACCAGCUUGAUUUGUGGGUUUUGCAAAAACAAGCGUAUGGAUCUUGCAUUGAAAAUGCAGAAUGAGAUGAAGCAAAAAGGUCUUGAACCAGAUGUCAUUUCUUACAGUGUUCUCAUUGAUGGAUUUGGCAAAACACAAGACAUGGAAAGUGCAUGUAGACUUUUCUCUGAACUCCUUGAAGUUGGGCUAUCUCCUAAUACUGCAGUUUACAAUAGCAUGAUUAGUGGCUUCAGGAAUAUAAGUAACAUGGAAGCGGCACUUGAUAUGCAUAAAAAAAUGACGAAUGAGGGGAUUCCCUGUGAUUUGCAAGCAUACACCACAUUGAUUGAUGGAUUGUUAAAAGAGGGUAAAUUACUCAUUGCAUCAGAUCUUUACUUAGAGAUGCUUUCCAAGGGCAUUGUACCGGAUUUAAUUGCAUUUAGUGUUCUGAUAAAUGGUCUUUGUAGAAAAGGACAGCUAGAGAAUGCAUGCAAGAUUUUGGAUGAGAUGGACAGAAAGUGUGUAACUCCUAAUGUUCUUAUUUAUAAUACAUUGAUUGCUGGACAUUUUAAGGAGGGUAAUUUGCAAGAGGCUUUUAGAUUGCAUAAUGAAAUGCUUGAUAGAGGACUUGUACCUGAUGACACUACGUAUGAUAUUCUUGUAAAUGGAAAAGUAAGAGGGGAAAAAUCUGUUCCUGGAGCUUUAGUGGCCUGAAUGAGCAGUUGUUAAUUGUUGUUGUAAAUUCCUGCCAACUUUUAUAUCGUCCUUCAAA